AUAUAUUAUAAUUUGUACUUAUUGUAUUGUGUUCAUGACUUUUUUAUUUUUCAUAAGCUAAAGAGCGCCCUUAAACCAAAAACGCCUGGGGCAACUUGCCACCCCCGCCUAAACGGUCCAGCACUGUCGAUGAUCGUGUGUGACGUACGUUAGUGUUAUGGGUCGUCGGUCGAGCUAUUAUAAUAGGCUAUAUAGUAUAUUUCGAUCCGGGUACGACAACAUACUAAUUACCAAUACGGGUUAUUUUUGGGUUCAAAUGAAAAACCCAAAUAAAAACUCCGGUCACCACUAUCAUAUUAAUGUAUACCGACCGAUAUUCGUGUUUCGUCAUUCGUCAAUCGUCACGGACCUAGUCACUCUGUAGGCCGUACUCGUCAAUCGUCACUCAUCACGUUCUAGCCUCGAACUUGAACGUCUAACGGGCAUAUUUCUUUAUAAUAUAAAGACGAAUUGUAUAUUUUGGAACGUCAUCUCAUUCACCGCUUACAUUAAACAAUAAACAUGCGUGAAUGUAUCUCUGUGCACGUUGGCCAAGCAGGAGUUCAAAUUGGUAAUGCUUGCUGGGAACUGUAUUGCUUAGAACAUGGCAUUCAACCUGAUGGUCAAAUGCCAUCUGAUAAAGCAAAUGGUGAUGACAGUUUCAAUACAUUUUUCAGUGAAACUGGUUAUGGUAAACAUGUUCCAAGAGCUGUAUUUGUAGAUUUGGAACCCACUGUUGUUGAUGAAGUACGGACAGGUACUUAUAAACAACUUUUUCAUCCUGAACAAUUGAUUACUGGCAAAGAAGAUGCAGCUAAUAAUUAUGCUCGUGGUCAUUAUACUAUUGGCAAGGAAAUUGUUGAUGUUGUGCUUGACCGUAUUCGAAAGCUCGCUGACCAAUGUACUGGACUUCAAGGAUUUUUAAUAUUUCAUUCAUUUGGAGGAGGGACUGGUUCUGGUUUUGCAUCAUUACUUAUGGAACGUUUAAGUGUUGAUUAUGGAAAAAAAAGUAAACUUGAAUUUGCCAUUUAUCCUGCACCACAAGUAUCCACAGCAGUAGUAGAACCUUACAAUUCAAUUUUAACUACUCAUACAACUCUUGAACAUUCCGAUUGUGCUUUUAUGGUAGAUAAUGAAGCAAUUUAUGAUAUUUGUCGGCGGAACUUGGAUAUUGAACGACCUUCCUACACCAAUUUGAAUCGUCUCAUUGGUCAGAUAGUAUCAUCUAUCACAGCUUCAUUACGAUUCGAUGGAGCUUUAAAUGUUGACUUAACUGAAUUUCAAACUAAUUUAGUGCCAUAUCCAAGAAUACAUUUUCCUUUAGUUACAUAUGCACCAGUUAUAUCGGCUGAGAAAGCCUAUCAUGAACAAUUGUCCGUUGGUGAAAUCACUAAUGCUUGUUUUGAACCUGCCAAUCAGAUGGUAAAGUGUGAUCCUCGACAUGGAAAAUAUAUGGCUUGUUGUAUGUUGUACAGAGGUGAUGUCGUGCCUAAGGAUGUGAAUGCAGCAAUUGCUGCGAUAAAAACUAAACGCUCAAUACAGUUUGUGGACUGGUGUCCAACUGGGUUUAAAGUAGGCAUAAAUUAUCAACCGCCAACAGUAGUGCCUGGAGGUGAUUUAGCUAAAGUACAGCGAGCAGUUUGUAUGUUGUCUAAUACUACAGCUAUUGCUGAAGCAUGGGCACGUUUGGAUCACAAGUUCGACUUGAUGUAUGCUAAAAGGGCCUUUGUUCAUUGGUAUGUAGGUGAAGGAAUGGAAGAAGGUGAGUUUUCGGAAGCUAGAGAAGAUUUAGCAGCUUUAGAAAAGGAUUAUGAAGAAGUGGGUUUAGAUUCGGUUGAAGGACAAUUUGAUGAAGGAGGUGAAGAUUUUUAACAUAACUAAGAGAACUGUUUUACCGUACUACUUGUGAAUAAUAACUUUGUUUUAACAAUUAUUACUUAAUAUAUAAUUUCUGGGAAUUAAAUUCUAUUAAGCAAUAAUUGUCAAUACAAAUGAAUGUAAUAGAUACUUUGAAAAAAAAAAAAAAUGAAGUAUAGAAUGCAAUGAAAAUAUUUAAAUUAUGAAUAUGUUGUUUUAUUUUUCUAUUAGUCUUAAAAUACAUUUAAAUAGUGUUAUUUUAAUUUAAAUGAUACAAUUUUUUAUUUAUAUUGUUUUAACAUUGUGUAAUUAAAAUAUAUGUAAAAUGUAUAAAUAAAUACCAAUUUAACUUAAUAAACAAAACAUGGAUUAUAUAGUUUCAUC